UGGCUUGAGUGGCUUGAUGACACAAGAGUGAAGUCGGGGAUUAAGACACGCUAGGUACCAACAAUCUAUGCUCAGUGCUUACGUCAGCGAGACUUUGUCCCUAUUAUGCGCUUAUCGGUUAUCUGAAUAUCGCAUAUAGGAAACGCGUAUUGUUCGCCGAAUGACGAAUGACGACAGCAUCGUUUACAUUCUCUCAUCACUAAUGAAAGCACGCACCAGACUCCUCAAAAUCAAGUAUAAGGCCCUCUCUAGACUUUUAUACGCUAAGGAAAUGAUUGUUCAACGUCAGUUGACUUUCCGAGCUAUACAGAAUUCGCGAUGCCUAGUCCGACGAAGAAGCGCAAGCUGAAUACAGGGAGCUCUAAACCAUCGGCUUUGCCUUCUAGGGGACUGGAAUACUUUUUCUCGAAGCAAAAGGAUAACAAAAGCUCUGAAAAUGGGAAAAAGGAUGUUGAAGAGAUUGAUAAUCCCUCGUCGAAGCAUGAUCAAGCGCAUUGCAUGACAGAUGAGGAACUGGCGCGAAAGCUCCAGUCUGAGUGGGACAAAGAGGCCGAGACUGCGGGACGUGCCUCCGGAUCUCCGGCACCUUCUACGAUUUCCAAUUCCCGCGCUACCCCAGGUGUCACGGAAACUUCUCAGACGCCCCGGGAGUUUCCGAAUCUCGUUCCGGAUGUAAAGAAGGCCGAGAAUAAAGGUAAAGGUACUUUGUCGCUGCAAUCCGUCUCGGCUUCCGUGGAUAGUAUUUCGGAAUCUAUACCUUUUGAUGAGAGCCCUCUAACAUUUGAUCCUGCGGAAUAUGCGCCAAAACUUCAGGAGCACUGGUCGAGUGAUGGAGGUGAUGCGUCGUAUGCACUUUUAACGCGCUGCUUUGUACUCGUCAAUGGCACGUCCAGUCGGAUAAAAAUAGUGGAUACUCUAGUCAACUGCCUCCGUGUUCUCAUAGAAGCAGAUCCCGAGAGCCUACUUCCUGCGGUCUGGCUUGCGACAAACUCAAUUUCACCACCGUAUAUCUCGCUAGAACUCGGAUUAGGUGGUUCAGCUAUUUCCAAAGCGCUCAAGAAUGUCUGCGGCUUGGAUGGUCGCUCUUUAAAGGCUAUCUACGACAGACACGGCGACGCGGGCGAUGUUGCAUUCGAGGCGAAGAAAAAGCAGAGCUUCACGCUGCGGAAACCCCGACCCUUAACUGUCAAGGGUGUCUACCAAUCUCUCGUCAAGAUAGCCAACAGCCAAGGGCAAGGAAGUGGAGAAGUGAAGCAACGAAUAGUGGAUCGAUUACUCCAGGAUGCUCGGGGCGGCGAGGAGAGUCGUUAUGUUGUUCGUACGCUGUGUCAACACCUUCGAAUCGGCGCUGUAAAGACAACCAUGCUGAUAGCUCUGUCUCGCGCCUUUCUUCUCUCACGGCCACCUAGCGCAGAUUUCCCUUUGAAAUCUGUAAGCGAUCUGAAGGCGUUGAAAAAGGAAGAGCUAGCCGAGGUAUGGAGCAGAGCCGAGGAGAUCGUUAAAGCUUGUUUUGCGAGGCGUCCCAAUUACAACGAUCUCAUACCUACCAUGCUUGAGAUAGGAGUAUGCGACGAGUUACUACUCAGAUGCGACCUGACGUUGCAUGUUCCCCUGAGGCCAAUGUUGGGUAGCAUUACGAGAGACUUAUCUGAGAUGCUCACGAAACUACAAGGGAGGGACUUCGCAUGUGAAUUUAAAUACGACGGGCAACGGGCCCAAGUUCACUGUGAUGAUAAAGGCAAAGUAUCGAUCUUCUCGAGACAUCUUGAAGUUAUGACUGAUAAGUAUCCGGACUUGGUGGAGCUUGUAUUGAAGAUUCGCGGCGAAGGCGUCAGUAGCUUCAUCAUGGAGGGUGAAGUUGUUGCGGUGGACCAGAAGACUGGAGAACUGAAAAACUUUCAAACUCUUACAAACCGAGCGCGAAAAGACGUCGAAAUCGGUAGUAUAACUAUUGAAGUAUGUCUAUUCGCGUUCGACCUUAUGCACCUUAAUGGCCAGCCCCUGCUAGAUCGACCAUUUCGUGAGCGAAGGUCGUUGUUACGAUCUUUAUUUAUCGAAAUACCACAUCGCUUCACUUGGGUCAAAAGUCUCGACGCUACAUCUCAAGAUUCUGAAGUUGUACUAGACUUCUUCAAGCAAGCGACGGAUACUAAAUGCGAGGGCAUCAUGGUCAAAAUCCUAGACAAUCUUCCAGAUUUGCCAGCGACAAGCCAGGCUGCGGAGGACCUGAACCAAACGGCUGAAGAGAUACGAGAAAAUGAGACUCUUAGUCUUCCCGCGAAAUCUAAAGCGAAGAAAGGAACAGGGAAAGGGAAAGCCAAGGGUACUUCAGGUGAUGGGGCCGGAGAAGAAAAGAAGUCAUCCUCGCGACGGAAAGCAUUGCUCGCUACAUACGAGCCCGAUAAGCGCCUUGACUCGUGGCUUAAGGUUAAGAAGGAUUACAACAGCUCAUUCGAUACCCUAGAUCUCGUGCCUGUCGCCGCAUGGCAUGGUCAGGGCCGAAAAGCCAAGUGGUGGUCUCCAAUACUUAUGGCAGUACGAAAUGAUGCGACGGGUUCUCUUGAGGCCGUGUGUAAAUGCAUAUCUGGCUUUACAGACGUCUUCUACAAGGCUAACAAGAAAUUUUACGAUGAUGGCUCUGGAGAAGAUUUACCCGACGCGAAUGCUGCCGAAAGGGGCGAGGAAGGGGAUGGUAUUGACAAUAAUUUAGAAGAGAGGAAUAGUGAAAACUACAAGAACGUUCGCAGAAGUAAGCCAAGCUUCAUCGAGUAUUAUGGGCCAGAGCCGGAUGUUUGGUUUGAGCCCCAGGAAGUAUGGGAGAUGGCGUUCGCUGACAUUACACUAUCGCCGACUUACACGGCGGCUAUCGGGCUAGUCAGCCAGGAACGCGGGCUCAGUCUCCGGUUCCCGCGCUUCCUAAAGAAGCGUGAGGACAAGGGAAUCGAAGAAGCUAGCAGUAGUGAGUUUCUAGCUGGCCUUUACAGGAAACAAGAGGCCAAAGCGCCUAUCGUACCAGCCGAUCAAGAGAUCGGGGAUGGUGACGAAGAAGAACUGUGAUGACUCGUUUCAUGCAAGUAGUUAGAUCAUACCAAGUCAACGCAUAUGAGUACAAUCGUCUUUUUGGCGAUUUGCUACCUAGAUAUCUCUUCACUAUGCGUUCGGUAGGUAGAUUGACUAUUCUUUCCAAGCCUUAUACACGAUACGAGCCCCAUAUUUCUCUCCCUUCUUGAGAACCACCUGGCUCCUCCAGUCAUCAACGUUGAUAGCAUUUACAAACCGACUCGGCUCUACGCAGAAACCACUCCGUGGUCCACGAGCAGGGGCGCCACCUACAGCUGGCACAUCAAUCCACUUGCCAGUAUAAAAUUGGAA